UCUUCGGAGGAAAUUUUGCCUCCGUCGCUGCUCCAGCCGCCGCCUCCUGCAGCAUCUUCCAUGUCGGGACCACAGCCUCCGCCUCCACAAAGCCUGAACCUCCUCUCGCAGGCUCAGCUGCAGGCACAGCCUCUCGCGCCAGGCGGAACUCAGAUGAAAAAGAAAAGUGGCUUCCAGAUAACGAGCGUUACUCCGGCCCAGAUCUCUGCCAGCAUCAGCUCGAACAACAGCAUAGCAGAGGACACGGAGAGCUACGACGAUCUAGAUGAAUCUCACACGGAAGAUCUCUCUUCUUCCGAGAUCCUUGAUGUUUCACUUUCCAGGGCUACUGACUUAGGUGAGCCUGAACGCAGCUCCUCGGAGGAGACUCUGAAUAACUUCCAGGAAGCAGAGACACCUGGGGCAGUCUCUCCCAACCAGCCCCACCUUCCUCAGUCUCAUCUGCCUCACCUUCCACAACAAAACGUUGUGAUCAAUGGGAAUGCUCAUCCCCACCACCUCCAUCACCACCAUCACAUUCAUCAUGGGCACCACCUUCACCACGGGCACCACCAUCCAUCCCAUGCUGCUGUGAGCGGUGUAUCCAUUCCGGGAGGGCCACCCUCGAGCCCAGGGUCCAGAAAACUCUCCACAACUGGAAGUUCUGAUGGUGGUGUGCCAGUUGCACCGACUUCUGCUGUCUCAUCGAGUGGCUCACCUGCAUCUGUGAUGACUAACAUCCGUGCUCCAAGUACUACAGGCAGCAUAAGUAUAAAUUCUGUUACUGGGCCUAAUCCAACGAAUAAUGUUAACGUUGCUGCUGUGGGUGGCUUCGGCCCUAAU